CCGCCGCCAUUUGCAAUCGCUCGCCUAGGGCCAGCGCACGGCAGGCACGGCACACGCGGUUGCCGUUCCACGCCGUACGCCGUCCGCCCCUCUCGAGCUAAAAAAAUCUGUUCACACAAUCUCGUGAUGCUGUACUCUGAGCGUACCGUCCGUUGACCAUCUGUUGCCGUGCUGUCAAACGCUGCGUGUAAGUGAAUGGUGUCGCGGUAAUAACGGAACACGCGCGUACACGUGUGUGCGUAAAUACGUGCGUGCCUACAUGCGUACAAUCGUCCGCACUUGCCUACCUACCUGCCUGCCUACCUGCCUGUCUGCCUGCCUGCCUGCCUGCUUGCUGCCUACUUGCGCGGUGAGUGCGUGCACUACGUGUGACUACGUGUGUGUGCGUGUACGUGUACCGUCUAUCGCGUGCGCUGCGCCGAGCGGCCGAAUCAUUACCCCUCCCUUCUAUCCCAUUUUCUCUUCUCCCUCUCUUUCGCGCUUUCUCCGUCCGUUCUUCCACAUUUCUCUCACUCUCACACACAUCCCUAACCUAACCUAACCUUUUGCGGCUCGAGCGCUCGACAGUGCUCGCCAGAUUAGAUCGCGGCGCACGCGACGAAUUAUCCGUAACCGUCGCCAAAUGAGAUUCCAUAUCGGCCAUUUGGAAUAACUUACCGGCGUUGUUUCACCGACGAUCAGCGUGCCUAGAAGAAACCGUUUCGCAUCUUUUCCUCCCUCUUCUAUCCGCCUCCGCACCAUUUAACUCUGUGCGGCCAUGGCCUCCUCUAAUCGUGGCAUCCAGAUCGGCUCCGGCUGGUUCCAGACCAAAAUUAAUCUCAGGCCACAACAUCGGGGCGUUCACCUCGUCACUGAGGAGAUCCUCAGGCAGGUGCCUGAGCUCUGUCAGUUUUCCAUUGGUCUCUGCCAUAUCCAGAUUCUCCAUACCUCAGCUAGUUUAGCGUUAAACGAAAGUUGGGAUCCAGAUGUGAGAGACGAUAUGGAAAUGAUGCUUAACAAAAUAGUUCCUGAAGGCUUGGAGUACAGGCAUAGCUGUGAAGGACCUGAUGACAUGCCGGCGCAUGUGAAGGCCUGUUUUCUGGGCUCAUCGCUGAGCAUCCCAAUUACCGACGGAAAACUGGCGCUGGGCACGUGGCAAGGCAUUUGGUUAGGCGAACACCGUGACCACGCUGGCAGCCGUAAAUUGGUAGUAACAUUGACUGGUGUCUUGAGAGACUCGGCACGUAGCCCUCUCAGCCCGGUCAGCCCUAUCGCGUCUACCAGCAGCUAGGACCACUCGCACCCCCGAAGGCGUGGCAAGCGUCAGCCGCGCGCGUCCACCUCGAGCGACUCAAGCUAGCAGCCGCUUUAAGCCCUAGUCAACUUCUAAGAGUACAAUCUAUUGAGGAGGAGUGAGCCGGAUACCUCGCGGACUUACCCAUCGCUCGGGGAUAACCACCGUCAGUAACGAUCAACCGCGUCUUCGACGUUUUGCGUCGAUCGUCGAGUGGGACAGACCGGGGAUCGUGCAUCGUUCAAGACUUCUGUGCGCGCGUGUAUGUGCUUCAGGGUUUUAUUUAUGUCUCCGACCUUGUUCCGCAUGGAUAUUCUUUUUCAGUCGACGACAUAUUUAAAUGACAAGUCACACAAGUCAUUGGGGUUGUUGCAAGUUUCCUAGAUAAAAAAAUCCAUGAGAUGAUAGGGUUUUCAAGUAUUACUCUUACAAUUUGGCAAGUUUUUUUAAAAUAGAUAUAAAUAAGUCGUUAAAAAUUUUAUAUUUUUGACGUUUGAAGAUGAUAAGAAAUUAAGAUCUUCAAACUCUGUUUUGAGGAUCAAAAAAUUCGAAAUCUUGGAAGUAAUUUUUGCAACAACUCAGAAUGCUUUUCUCGUUUUUUCAUUGCUAAUAUUUUUUUUAGCUCGUGUUGAUCACGUUGGACAUUCAUGACAUACAAUAAUAAUAAUAAUAAUAAAAACAAAUGGAUAUAAGAGAAAGAGAGAAAUGAAGAAAAAACUGCCACGGCAGAUGCGCAUUGCAUCUCACAUAAACAAAACGAAUUAAACGCGAGUAUCCAGCACUUCCGCCUCGCUCUUAAAGAGAAAAGAAAGCGAAAAGCGGGAAAUACGUUCUAAGGAAAGCUAUUGGAAAAAAAGAUGGAGAAAAAGAGAAAGAUAAGGGAAAGAACGAAUCUAUGCAUUCCGGUAACGCGUCCAAUACUUCGAAUUUACGUAGCUUUAUUUAGGAGACCCUUUUGUAUAAACAAAGUUAACGAAUACGAGCAGCCGUGCAGGGACUCACAGUAUCCUUUUUUACACUCUGCUAUCUUUGAGCUGUCCGAAGAUGACUGACAGAAUUGAGAGAAAUGAAAGAAAAAGAGAAUAAACAAGAGUGAGAGUGUAAGGUACGCGUUGUGAACGUUCCGACUCGUCGCUUUAAAAGAAUGAUUAGGAGCUGAAUCAAUCGCUCGUGAACAAUGAUGUUUUCAUCGCAUUAGGGGGUGUGUAUAUGUACAUAAAGAGAAGGGGCGAUGAUUCUCAACCUAUGCGCGUUUUCGCUAGAGUUAUAAGAUAUGUUAUAUCAUGGGCACAUAGCGCGAUUACGUCCUACGUGAGUAUAGCGCGUGUACAGAGUGUAGAAAAAAUUUGAGCUAAAAACACCGAAUGAGUAGGUUGCGAAAAACUGAGUAAUGAAAGUACAAGCGGUUGUUCUUUCGAAGAACAGUUUUUUAAAUACAACAAUUUAGAGUUGGAUUGAUCAUGGACUGUAAUUAAAAAGUUAUCUCUAUCGAAGAUUUAUGCGUACGAUAAUGUUAAUAAUCGCUAAAAAUUAUAUAUUGAUACUAUUAUAUAUCUGAUUCAUGGAUGAAUAAUUUUAAAUGCAGCUCAUGAUUUAACAGAAUUUUAAACCUUUAAAACAUUAAAAAAUGAUUACUUAGUAUUAUAAGAUUGUACUUUUUAUUGCUUUAUGUUUCGCAAACUUUUCUGCUAGUGUCUUUAUGCUUGAAUUUUACAACACUCUGUAUAAAUUAAAGCAACGUUACUAAAUACCCAAAGAAUCGAUUGCAUCAACAUCAAUCACUUUUUCUUUCAUUAUUUGUGUGUCAGCAACUAUAUUGCUCUGUUGAGUCACAAAGGCUCAAUGUUUUUAUUAUUUUCUGACGUUGAUACUUUUGCAAAUUGGAAAAUUUGAUUUUUUUUAUAAGAUGCAAUGUUUACUAACAUUAAAGAAAUUCUUCAAUGAAGAAUCAGCGUAAUUACUCUCUUGAUUAUCAAAAAGACCACUUGUCCUGGGGGUCACCAGUUCGUAAGGCUUCAUUUUUUAAGGAUCCAGCACUGUGGUGAAUUGUAAACGUUGGAUCGUCGCAAAGAUAGUGCGGUUUCAGAAGAGUCUUCUUUCAACUUUUGGUCUUUGACCUUUUGGAAAUGUGAAUAGUUCUAGUCAUUUUCAGUCCUUGACGCUUGAUGGAUCUUCGGACAAGUAUAUAUGAUUCUCUUGUGUUCUCUUUUUUGCACUAAAAGUCAUCGAAAAGAAUAAGCCGAAGGGGUCUUCGCGACGAACCGACAGAGCUACUUACACUUACACAGAUGUUAUUAACUGAUGCUUACUCUGAGCUUGCUGCAGCAUAUCGAACGGGCUGGCAGACAAGCAGAACAGACGUCGUUGUUUAGUCGUUAAUCCUCAACGUACAUAGGCGUGCA